AGCUGUCCAGUCAGUUGGAGCUUAUAUAUAUAGCUCUCGACCAGGCUUCUUGUCCUUUUCCUUCAUCCACACACCAAACUACUUCACAAUCUUUUUUACUUAUUGAAUUCACAAUCUUUUCAAUCUUUCCUUCUUUAACUUUUACCCAAUCAAACCUAAAUCAUGAAGACUGCUGCCCUUACCACCGCUGUUUUUAUUGCUGCUUGCGUAUUUACUUCUGACGCACGUGUUGUCAAACGCGAUGCAGGUCUCACUGAUGCCGAUAUUCUCAACUUUGCUUUGACCUUGGAACAUCUUGAAGCAAGCUUUUAUACAGAAGGUUUGAGGAAGUACGACCAAAGUGCUUUCACCAGCGCUGGUUUCAGUGCAUCGACUCGUCAAUCACUCCAAAAGAUCUCGGAUGAUGAAGCUUCGCAUGUCAGCUUCUUGACCUCAGCACUUCAAGCUGCCGGUGCGACCCCCGUCCAAGCUUGCAAAUACAGCUUUCCUUACAGCGAUGUCAAGUCCUUCUUAGCUGUCUCUCAGAUCCUGGAAGGUGUCGGUGUAUCAGCCUACUUAGGAGCUGCUGCCUCGAUCAAGAACGGAGGCUACUUGACUGCUGCUGGCUCAAUCUUGACUGUCGAGGCCCGCCACAACGCCUAUGUCCGUUUCGUCAACGGCAAAUCCCCUUUCCCGGCUGCCUUCGAUACACCUGUCGGACCUCGUGAUAUUAUCACGUUGGCUACUCCUUUCUUCUCCAGCUGCCCAGCUGGAUCAGCCCCUAGCCUCAAAGGAUUCCCUGCUCUCAAGAUCACCGGAACACUUACCCCGGGAUCAACCCUCACCAUCUCUGCCUCCGACACCAAGGGAGCCACUAAAUGUGCUUUCCUCAGUGCUUUAGACUCCACCUACAGUACCUACAGCAACGGCAAAUGUCAAGUUCCUAGCAAGAUCGGUCAAGGACAGAUCUACAUUCUCUUGAUCAAUGGUGACAAAGUCACUGAUGCUACCACAGUUGCCGGUCCUGGUAUCAUGGAAACAGAGACCUCUGCCACCUCCCACCCUGAAGAGGAUGUUGAGGAUGGUGAAGAAUCGGAUGAAUAUCCCAUGACUUCUAAAAAAGAAUCUUCAUCUGAUAAGACUUCUGACCACCCAUUAGUUGGUCUUCACUUAUGAGCCAGCAAGGGUUAUUAGCGUCAUUUGACUACUUGAAUUAUCAACUCUUGAAUUAUCAACUCUUGAAUUCUCUCUCCUCACCCACUUGUUCAUCUGACCAAGUUCAUAUUUGUUAUUUGCUUUUGUUUUUUUCUCUUGAUGCUUUCUGAACUACGUGUUUCUGCUUAAUGUACAGUACAUUGAUGAAAUGAGAAAUGACAGGUGAUCUGGAAAUACUCAUGAAUUAAUGAUGUUAUAAGGCACUAAGGCUGUUAAUCACAUAUGACUGAUGAGAGAAGGAAAUGCACCUGGAAAGAAUCACAAAUCAGCAGUGUUAUAAAGUG